CUCCUGUAUCUCACUAUGUGACUUGACGCUACUUGCCUCCGCAGUUGCACCGGCUUCUUUUGUGUCCUAGCGGGACGAUUUACUUGGAUUCAUCCAUUACAGGCCAUCUGCCUGUCGUCGCCGUGACGCGGGGAUCGCAGGGUGUUUUGCGCAGUUUUUACGCGAAGCUGAUAUGCGGAGAAAAGCUGGGAUGUGUUCCCUGGACUCACUGCAUUGAUGUUCGUGAGCUUCUGUCAUCACAGGCCUCAUUCUCCCAUUACUGGAGCUAGUUCCUCAUUAUAAUGGUGCGGUGAAAAGGGCGUUUUGUUCCGCGAUAAGGUCAACAGACUGACAUAUAAAAUGAAGAUUUGGAGCACGGAGCAUGUUUUCAGUUACCCUUGGGAGACAGUGAUCAAGGCUGCUAUGAGGAAGUACCCCAACCCCAUGAACCCUAACGUGAUCGGGGUGGACGUGUUGGACCGCAGUCUGGACACAGAGGGCCGGCUUCACAGCCACAGACUCCUCAGCACAGAGUGGGGCCUACCGGCUAUCGUCAGAGCGAUACUGGGAACCAACCAGACACAGACCUAUGUGAAGGAACAUUCCAUAGUUGAUCCAGAGGAGAAAAAGAUGGAGUUGUGCUCAACAAAUAUCACUCUAACUAACCUCAUAUCUGUGGAUGAGAGGCUUCUUUAUAGACCACACCCAGAAAAUCCUGAGGUGACUGUCCUGACCCAGGAAGCCAUCAUUACAGUGAAGGGAGUCAGUCUGGGCAGCUACCUGGAAGCCAUGAUGGCCAGGAGUAUGUCAGCUAACGCCAGGAAGGGUUGGGAUGCUAUUGAGUGGAUUAUUCAGAACUCUGAAAGAGAAAAUGUUCCUCUCUGUGACAUUUACUAACGCUGAUGUUGAAGUGUACAGUGGCAACUAUUUUCCCCGGCUACACCUCAUAAACAACUGGCGAUCCUCAGCAUUUCCAGCAUUUCUCUGGCCGGUGGUGGUCUGAGAGGUUUUUUUCUGGAUUUCUGUCUGAAACAGCACUGGAAGAACAAACAAAAAGUAACAUUUUUGCCAAAGCUGAAUGAUUAUUAAAAAGUAUUAGAGUAGAUUUUAAGAGAUAAGGGGCCAACUGUGGUAGGCAUAACUCAUUGCUCACUGACUACUCAUUAACUCAUUAGCUGUUUAAAGAAGUGUUAGCAAAACAGAGAGCUGCAUCAGCUUCACUGAAGGACCACCUGAAAACACUGUUUGAAAUAUUAUAUUACAGAUGACUUUCACACCAUGCCAUAUUAUUUUUAAAACUGUAGGGAGGAAGGAUGCAAAAGACGACGAAGUGGUACAAUGUUACUAAUAUGCAACCAACUUCAUGAUUUUAUUUGAACUAAUGUAGAUUUUGUGUAGUGUCACACAACAGAGACUAUAGUAGGAGUUUAAAUUGGAAAGUUUUUAUUGGUGCUUAUUACUUGUUACAACGGGGCACAGACUGUAGAUCAUGUCCGCAUGAUAGUAGUAAAAAAAAAACAGCAAGAAUGUGGGAGUGGGAAGAAAAAUAUUUAGAUAGACAAUAUCAGUUCUUUGACUUACUAUCACAAAAACAAGAUGGGAAUGUAUCAUUAGCAUCGCCUUCUUUCUGUACUCUCAAAGCAUCAAUACACCGGCUUCUUUUUGAUGUAGCAUGGGCAGCAGGUUUGCAAGCAGGUUACUGAGGAAGAGGAGGAUCGUGCAGGUUAUACAAACGCACACAGGCUAAACCAUUUAUAAUGGCCUUAAGAUGAUGCCUGUGUAUUGUUGCUUUGAGGGCAGUGCAAUGCCUUUGCCAGUCACACCUGUCAUGCUUCCACAUGCUGAACUACUCCAUAACCUGUAUACCCUGAGGAGCAGGGCAGUACUGUAUGUGCAAUUCUGCAUUGGGAGAAGCACAGCGUGCUAAAUCAGCUUUCUGAGUAAAAUUUAAAAAAAUUACAUAUUUGUAUAAAUAUUAUUUAUUUAACAAUGUGUGAUAAAACGUAAAUUAUUUCAUGUGUGUGUGGGUGUGUGUUCAUUUCAUGGGGGGAAAACGUUACUUUUUCUUUUUCUUUUUUUUUUUAUUUGUAACUUGAAACAGUUGUCUUUCUGCAAUGAUUUAAAAAAGUGCUUGAAAAAUUGCUGAAGUCAUUUAGAUUUUCACUUCAGAGCCACAGUGUCAUUUUAUAGCAUGAAUCUCUCUAUACAAGGCUGACACUGCCUGAAUGCUUUGGUUUGUGUCAAUAACACUCACAUUUGAAAAGAAGCAUACAUCUGAGGCAAACCUCUCAGUAACUGUUGCACCAUGACCACAGUGAACAUACCAAGAGUUUUUUAAACUGCAGUGUAGUUCAUCAUUUGUCCAAUUGGGGGCACACAGAUACCUAUGGUGCGGCCUCUGUUCACCUCCAGCAAGAAACCUAGAAAAUGUUUAAAAGUUGUCCUCAUGUAAGCUCAUUGUAUACGCCGUUCAAUAAAUAAAGGAAACUUCUUUUUUUUUUUUUUAAUUAACGGCGCACUUAAUGAUCACGGCAUUACACAAAGUCAGUUAAACUUAAGGCAUAUCAGUCUAUCGAGUUUUGUGAAUUCAUUAUGCUUGCUUUGGUAAACAUGAAAGUUACGAGGUUCACCGAUUAGGGGAAAAAUUACAAGACAACCCCCCUAAGAGGGAAUGGUUUUACAGGUGGUGCCCACAGAACCAUUGCGCUCUCCUUUUCCCUGCUGCCUGAUUUCUCUCUAACCCUGCUUUUUGCUUGCAUCCUUAUCACUACUGGUAACAUGAGACAGUACCUGCAGCCCAUUCAGGCUGCACAGGUAGACCAGGUCCUCCAAAAAUGGCACAUCAAUGUAUGCUGUUGCAGGAAUGUUUACUGUCUCAAAAGUGUUGCAGAGAUCCCACGAGAGGGGCCAUUACACAGGAAGAGAGGGAGGUAACCCAGCAGCACCAGUAUCUGCUCCUUUGUGCAAGAGAAUAGGGUGCCAGUGUUGGGCCUGGCAAUUCUGGUGUUACUAAGAGAAUGCACACUAAGCUGCAUGGUACUGGUCUGAGAACUUCAGUCCCACUAAAUGAUGUCAGGACAUCAUGCCAAGUCUGUUACUUCCCAUUUUGGUCAGAAACAUGCAGACAAGUAGCCAGCUGGAGGUCAUUUUGUAGGACUCUAGCAGCACUCAUGCUUGCACAAAAUAAGUCCUGCCUAGCUCUCCUCAGAUCUUCACACACUGGAAACCGUUCUCAGACACACACUAAAUUUUCUUGCAACAGCGCACACACACACACACACACACACCCUGGAGGAGCUGGACUACCUGUCUAACCUCCAGCUACCAGAAGUGAUGGGGAAACUAGCAAGAAGCUUCCUUAUUUUGCAGUUGUUUCCACUCCAGAGCACUUGUCACUUUUAUUUGCACCAAGGAAAGUGAACUGGUGUACAAUGGAUUCUGCUUCCUAACUGGACAGAUUGAUUCCUUGAAGUUUAACUGUGUGUUAUACCAUGAUGAUCAAGUGCUCUAUUCAUCCCCCCCCCCAUAGAAAGGUGUAGCGACUACUCAGAAAUGACACCAGCUUUAAGGGCUUUUUUGCCCCCCUUUUAUUAAUUGAACAGAACAUAAAGAGAAUGCAUUGCAUAGCAUGUACAUCAUUCUUCACUGUCUGAUCAGUGAAAAAAUAAAAUAAAAAAGUGAGUCUGGGUCAGACUGCACUUUUCCUUCAAACCCAAGUGCACAAGCUGAGCCGCUUGCCAAAAAUCUCAUUAAGUAAACACAAUCAGCUCGAUGUCAUGCGGGAUAUCUCAAACAGUUAACUUUGGUGUGAGAGCCUCAGAGCUUAACCCUUCUGUAAAUGAGACACUUGAUGUUUAAAAUGAUAAAAAAAUAAAAAAAAUAAACAGCAUUAGGAUCUGAAAGCAUUGCAAACAAGGCACAAGCUGUACCUAUACGGCUUCAAGUUUCAUGAUAAAGGCACACACCACUGUUACACUGACUUUGAUAACAAUCUUUGGUAAUACUGCACUCACGUGCUGCGGCUGUAUCGCCUGCAACAGGAAAAAAAAAUCAAAUCCUUAUAAAAGUGAAAAAGAAAUCAAAAUAGAAAAGACUAUGACAGUGCGUCAACGUGUCAAACCCAGUCUAAACGGUUAUUUACAACUCAUGCUUACAUUCAUUUUCUCUUAGGUACCGCUGCAACCUAACAUUUACUUUUCUUCAUCCCAGUUCCAAACAUGAAUAUUAGUACAGACUCCAUCUAAACACCAAGCACACUGCACCUCCCCAUACGAGCAAUAACAAAUACAACUUUAAAGAAAUCGCUCUUCUUCCUUUGAAGAACAAUUACUGAAACCACUGAAAUACAAGAUUAAAAUAAAAAACAAAAUCCAAAAAAA